UGCCCGCCUAACUGGGUCUAUCGAAUCGUGGACCGUGUGCUUGGCUUAGACAUAAGGCUGUUAGCGUUCGGUUGGAUAUCUCCGUUGAUUUCGCUAACCCAACGAUCAUAUGUUCCACUGCUCUACAAUCAAUUGUUGGCCGCUAUCGGCUAGAUGCAUGGUACAUGUGUAUUUGUCGUGAUAAACUGACAGACAUGCUCAUAAUCUGUGACGUCAGAAAGAAAGGGGCGGAGUUAGCAGUGACCGUAAGCCAAUGAGAGAUCUCCCGACUAGGACACUCGUAUCGCCUUGGAAUAUCUACUGACUGCCUUUACACUACGGCCUAUGCAUGAAAACUACCGAUAGGGUGUACACAAGUUUUCGUGGUGUUUGUGGAUAACUGUACGGAGACAAGGCUAGCUCGGGAUUUUGUGGUCGGCUAGAUGAGUGUCGACUGAUGGUGAACUUGAACACGAUGUCGCGAGUGAAAGGAUUACCGUGUGUUUUUACCUGUGUUUUAUUGCUGAUCGCGUUGGCACGUGUGUCCGAGUCAUAUGACUAUGCAAAGAGGAUAUGUGCCCGAUUGCCCAUUCACACUACCGAGCUGAUAUCAUCCGGGAAUAAUGGAUUUAAGAUAACUAUCGAAAGUGACACCGAAUCGGACAUCACGAAAUAUCGACCAGGUGAACAGUACACAGUGAUUCUUGAAGGCAGGGGGAACCAGACGUUGCUAGGUUACAUGUUGGUAGCAGUGCCACAAGGAGCCAAAGAAGAGAAUGUGACAGUUGGCCACUUUGAUGUCACCUCGUACCUCGGGUAUGUGAGGGAUUUGAUGAAAGAGGGCAUCUGUGACCACCAUGUCAUGUCCCACUACUUCCUGGCGGACAAGAACAGUAUCCGAAUGCAGUGGAAGGCGCCUACCAAGAGUGCCGGCUGUGUUGAGUUCAGGACUACAGUCAUCGAGUCAUCUCGGAUCUGGUACAAGGACAGUGGCCCCUUGGUCAAGGUGGUCUGUGAGGAAAUGACCCAGCAGGAUUCUGGGGUCAAUGUUCCGGAGAAUGCUCCGUCUCACUUGCAGCAGAAGCAGGAAUGCUGUGCUUGCGGUCACGCCAAGUAUGUCAUCACAUUCAAGGGGCUGUGGUCACGUCAUACCCAUCCCAAAAACUUCCCCACCGGAGACAGUGCAUUUCUUCUGCAUUGGUCCAACAUCGUCGGCGCCUCUCACAGUAACGACUACCGUAUCUGGGACUAUGGCAGUUACGCGUCUGAAGCUGUGCGAGAAGUCUGUGAAUACGGCUCUUCCCGUUCCCUCACAGAAGACAUGAAGAGAAAUAGCAAGAAGAUCCGGACCGUGGUGAAGACGGACUCCCUGUGGGGUCCAGACCGGAUCCUUGACUCCGUGGAUGCAGUGUUCACAGUCAACACCAAGAAGCAUCUUCUCUCACUUCUCACCAUGAUCGGGCCCAGCCCGGACUGGUGUUUAGGAAUUAGUGCCUUUGACAUGUGCCAGAAGAACUGUUCCUGGGCCGACAGCCAGGAGAUCGACCUGUACCCUUGGGAUGCUGGUACCGACAGUGGAGUGUCAUACGAGUCUCCAAAUCAAGAAUCCGAACCAAAGGAGCAAAUCCAUUCAAUCACCAACUCCAUCAUCAGAAAUCGGGCUUCACCGUUCUUCGGGCCUAAGCCAAUCAAACCGAUGGGAAGGCUGAUUCUGAAGAAAACAUAUGAAGCAUGCUCCAGUGAUCAUGGCGAGACCAAUUCGGCAGAGGAGUCACCCAGCACGGACGAACUGGUCAGCGAGAUGAAGAAGAAGAUGAUGAUGCAGAAGAAGCAACAAAUGGAGAAAUGUGCCACCAGUCAGUGGAACGAAUGGGGAGAGUGCUCCAACCCAUGCGGGAACGGUAUGCGACAGCGCCGCCGGAUGUUCAAGAACCCCGGCAUCACGCAGUCCAUGUGCAACGUGGAGAUGAUGGAGAAGGAAACAUGUGUAGGAAACACAGGCUGCAACGCCAAACGUCGCAAGAUGCAGAACUUCAAGUUCCGGCAUUCGAAGGGGGUUGAUGUCAACAACGUGUGCGCUGUGACACCGUGGUCUGACUGGUCACCCUGUAGCCGGACCUGUGGUCUUGGGAUGAAGGAGAGGUGGAGGAUGUUCCUGAGGAAAUCCCAUAGGACGGAUGACUGUGGUGUACAUCUCCAGGAAAAGGAUCUCUGUAGAGGCACCAUCCCAGACUGUGACAUGGCAGCCAAGAUGAAGAACUACACCGCCAUCUGCAACGAGGAUGCUGAUACUGGUCCGUGUCGGGGUAUGUUCAUCAGGUGGUUCUACAACGCUUCCAUGCAGAAAUGUCAAGCAUUUACCUAUGGAGGUUGCCGUGGAAACGAGAACAAGUUUGACACACAGGAGGAAUGUGUGGAGCUGUGUGCUGAACACAUGAUGGAGGUGAAUCGAAAGCAGAUGAUGAUCGAGAAACAGAUGAUGAUGAAGAAGCAGAUGAUGCAGAAAGAGUUGAUGCAGAAGCAGGAGAUGAUGAAGAAACAGGCUAUGAUGAAGAAACAGCGAAUGGAAGCUGAAGAAGAGAGGGAAGGACAGUCACUGACAUUCUCACACAUGGACCUGAAGACGCUCAUGAUGAAGAAGAAGAUGAUGCAGCAGUCGGCCAACUUGAAGAUGGAGAGGGCGCUUUCAGACGAGAUCAAACGGAGGAGGAAGGAGAGGCGGAUGAUGAAGCAGAAGAAGAAGAUGGAGAGGAGGAAGAGGCGACACAGGAAGGAGCAUUCGAGGUCAGGGGUUAACUGCAUGGUCACCCCCUGGUCUGAUUGGUCGGAAUGUUCGGUCACGUGUGGGAAGGGCAUGAUGACCAAGUCGAGGAUGAUCAAGGUGCAACCACAGAAUGGUGGCCGGAAGUGCCCAAGGAAACUCGUGAAGAAGAAGAAGUGUAAAGUGGAUAGAUGCCCUAUUGACUGUGAGCUGAGUCAGUGGGCAGACUGGCAGGAGUGUUCAGCCACAUGCGGCAAGAAAUCUGUCCAGGUCCGGCGCCGGAAGGUCCUGCAGAAGGCCAAACAUGGCGGUACUCCCUGUGCAGCUCGGAGGGAGAAGAGGUUCUGCAGUUUGCCGAUGUGCCCCAAUGAAGAUCUGGAGAAGGAUAUGCGUAGGUUUAUGCUCUUCCAUCGGCGCUACUAACCAAUCAAUGUUUGCGCUCCUGCAACCAUGUGACCUCUAGUAACCAAUCGGCAGCAAGACUUCAAUACAUCGUGCCUUGACCUCUCAUAGGGAAGAGGCCACUAUCUUGCCAAGCAAGAGCAAGUUAUCAUAUCAGAAACUCAGUCUUGUGAACAUAGAGGACCGGUGCUUCAGUGUGUGCAACUGAUGAAUUUCAGAGCGUCUGUUGCCGAAACUCAACAAGACUUCCAGUUAGUUCAGUAGAUGGUCCACUGUUGGAAGACUGUUGGCUGACCUGCCUUCUGUACAUAGAUGUACCUUGUGUCUGUUUGUGCCUUGUUAGAACUGUGACAAUGUGUUCAUGCAUGCAUCUAGCUCCGUAUCCCGACGCCAGGCCUGCCUGUAUAUGCUGCCCCCCACCUAGCAUCAUGCAGGUGUGCGAUACUAACCCAGCGCUCUGCAUGUAUUUAAUGCCACCUGUACCAGCAACCUAAAUGCUUGUCCACUACCUUGUGUUCCAAUUUAACAGGUUAUGUGCCUUAAGUACAUUACAAAGCGGUAUUGAAUGACCAAAAUGAUAUUUUUAAGUAAAAAGCAAUGAAUUAGCAUUGUGUAACUUUUCAAGUUCAAGGAUGAAUUGAUUUCUUUCAUUCAAUAAUCUACUAUCUGCACUGCAUUUUCUUUAAGAGUAAGUGACAUUUUAAGACUGAGUUAAUACUCUCAGCUAUGACAGUAACAGCAAUCACUCCAUGUGCACCAUGCACCGCCAACAUAUCCUGUCACUGCACUACACCAUUUGUUGCUUAGCUGGUCUAAGGGAGGUAACUCCAAAUAUGCAGAUUCACAGCAAUAAUGUCCGAACCUAUAGCUAGGUUCCUUCUGUGCACGUUCACGAACUGCAUAAGCAUAUUUGUAUUGCCGAUACUUAUUACAAGGAUAAUUUGUUAUCCAUGUUUUUAAAUACCAUAAUAUGAUGUUUUUAUGGGUCACAAGAUUUUCUUCAUUUUGAAUCACAAGUUCUGUAUCAGGGAUUUUACUGUCUGUUUAAUGUAAACUUAAUCAUAAUUUAAACUCUGAUUUUGUUCACUAUCCUUAUCCUAAGACUCUAACAGAUAUAUACUGACUGCAAGCUUUACUAAAUUCACUUGAUACAUCGUGUGUUAAUAAUAAGUAUUUUCUUGAAUAAAUAUGACUUAUUAUAAAAGAUGUUCUAGCAUAUUUUGCAUCAACAAUUUCUCUUAAGUACAUCUGCUUGAAGAUUAAAAUCUUUAUGUUCUAGGGUUUUUACAUGAAAUAUCAGCUAAAUUUCAAAAUAAAACUGAAUAAUAAAUAUUUUCCUGAUGUCAUCAUAUCAAUGCUUGAUUUCUAAUCCAGCAAGCUCACAAAAUAACUGUCAACUGAAGAUACUCUACAGUGUUCAAUCCACAGCACGUACAAUAGUUACCCUAAUAAUAUACACGCUUACUUAAAACAUACCUAAAAUGGUACUUUGGAUAAAGACUACUUUGGUCGUGAGCAAAUGUUGAGUAGUUGAUUAGAAUCAUAUUAUCUAAACCCAUUGCUUUGAUGUCUGUAAUUUGACUGGGUUCAUUUGCUUACUCCUUUAAUUUGAAAAUGUCCUUCCUACCUAUUUGAAUUAUUAGACUGAUUACGGUUGUCAGUUGUUUUAUAUACUGAAACCAGGAAGUAGAACAUGUCAGCUGAAAAAGUUGCCGUCAUUGUUCUGUAGGUAUGGGGUAAUGACUGAAAUUUCAACUUACAAAUCGAUGAUGUGUUGAUUUUUUUAAAGGGGCUCAUCAUAUUUGAACUUGUAUAUGAGUUUUUAGUGACAACAAUUGCACUCCGAAGUGUUUCAUUAUGUCUCAUUCAAUAAUUUUUUAAAACAAUUAUCAAUAAAUUUAUGUUAUUUCGGUGUAUGACAUAUAUCGUACAUUGGUGAUUGAUGUGGAAAUUGUAAAUGUAUUUUUUAAAAUGAUGUCAUGCAAUCAAAUCAGGUCGGACAUACUGUUACUACAGUUUAGGUUCUUCUUAUAUCAAAUUUAGUAUUUGCAAAGUGAUUAGUUUUCAGGACAACAGCACCUGUAACUAGGGAAGACCCACUCUGUGUUUAUGCAGUCUCUUAGGGAUGAGACUCGACUCACCUGAUACCCCUGGUUCAAAUAAUGAGAUGUUCCUUUGCUUUGAUGUGAAUACUGAUUGUUUGAUGAUAUUUUCACCUAUGGAAUAGGGUAUUUUCCUUCAGAGAAAAGAUUCUUUCAUUAUUUCUAGGAUGGUAAGGUGUGCUUUGAGGCAGGUGGUCCUCGUCAAGUUGUAAAGUGCUUUCAUUGUAUAUUGUAGAUAGAAAAGUUGUUAUUGAACAUUGAUGUACAUUGUUUUAGAGAGGGUAGAUAUUAAGCCAGCUUCCUGCAUCAUUCCAAUUCAGUUGUUAGUUACUGUAUUCAACAUCUUAAGCAUCCCUGGCUCAAAGUGUCUUUGUGUUGGCUACCAAACCCAUUUUAUUCUAAUGAGAUAAAUCUUUAUAUAUUUAAAAAAUAAUUUUUACAAAAAUAUGAAAAUUGUCACUACAGGGUGGAAACCUCUUAAACUUACAGGGUACUUGAAACAAAAAUUUAAAAUCUUGUAACACUUAGCGGUGUGGGGCUUAAUAGAUUGAAUACGGUACUUGAGUUUGAUUGCUGAAAUCAUUCUUUUUACAUCUGAGUGAUAUGGAUCAUAAUUUGAUGAAAGGUUGUUAUCUCAUGGAACUGAUCAUCAUUGUUCAUCAUGAAGAUCAAGAAGACACAGUGUGAUGAAACAAGUGGUUGAUAGUGUGAGUACUCAUUCAUUGCCUGGGAUAUGACACUGAAUGGUCAGCGUUCUGUGUUAUUGAUCCAGGUUUCACACCAUCCAUCACAUGCAGCCAUUGUGACCACAUAAUCCACCAUUUUUCUCACAACUGGCUCUGGAUUGUAGAGAUCAGACCACACAACCGACUUCUUGACCUGGAACCUUAGAGCAACCAACAAGACAACUCAUGAUGCAUUUCAAGCAUAUUCAGAAAUUAACGGAAUGGCUACAGCAAUUGAAUAUUUCAUCAUAAAAGAAACAUAUAAUUUAAAAUUGCAAGAAAUUCCUAUAUUAAUUAAUGGUGCAGUAGUUAAAAAUCAAUUUAUUUACAAAACCUUGGAUAUGAAGAAUUAUUUAUAUGUGAAUGUCCAUUUAAUAUUUUAAAAUAUUUACAAAGAAUGUCCAUCUAGAAUAAAAGUAGAUUUUUUCUGCACAAAGAUUAGAAUUACAAAAGCUUUGCUUUAUAUUGCAGUCGCUGGCUACAAGAUUGUAUAUAUGUGUUGUGCUUCUGCCCAAGCUGUGUAAGAGAUACCUCACUACUAGAUAUUUAUUGAUGUUUAUGGUAUAUUUGUAUUACCACUGGUGCAUUUAAUGUCACUGUCGCUCUGAUAGCCACAUACUAUUUGGCUACCACUCAUUUAUUCUUGUAGACAUUUUAUACAAAAGUUGUAAAAUAAUAUAACUAAAUGAUAUUGUUCCACCAUUAAAAUAUCCCGUCAUUUGUUUUAAUUUUGAAAAAUAAAAUCUAAAAUUUGAAAAAAUUAUUCAUGACUGCUUAUAAUUUAAGGCCUUUGAAAUAUUUAAGGCCUAAAUUGCCGUACCGAUUGUAUUGAAAUAUAGUUUGCAUAAACAAUUAUUUAUUUUUUUUAUAGUAUUUAAUAAAUGUGGUAGCUACUCUUUUUGAGUGUGUGUUUAUGAUUAAAAAGGCCAAAGAUUAAUAGAUCUCGACUUUGAAUUUGAAAUAUCUUUUUCUGGAGAGAAAAAUGACAACUCUUACCUUUCUUUAAGGUAAAGUGUACAAAAAUUAUGACUAAAUUGAAAUAUGAACGAGCAAUAAAUGUAUAUGCCAGUUUGAUAGGGUGAUGCCCUCUGUACAUUAUGUGGUCAAUAUUUUGUUAUGUAAAUGUGAUAUUGAACUGUACCACUUACAAUAAAAUAAUAAACAAAAUACUACCAA